AUGGCCCCCGCCAGCCCUGUUGUUCAGCAGCAGCACGGCGCCAACAGGAUAAAACGACCUGCCCCGCCCGGCAUCCAGACAAACGGCGUCGCGGCGCCCAACUCAUCGCCCUCGCCAUCCAUGCCGGCCAAGAACCCUCCCUCGACGACCGCGAAGCAAGCUGCGAGUUCGGCCGGCGACAGAUCCGUCGCGGCUUCGGCGGCUCGCCCGCCCAACCGAGCGCAGCACGACUCGUCGAGCCUUGCGUCGGCCAGGAACUCGAGAAGCAGUGCCGGCAUGCGCUCUGGGCCCUCGUUUGCAGGCUUCGAUGCCCGGGACGAUGGCCCGAUCCCCUACGUCGUCAAGGACUCGUGGAUUUUGAAAAAGUUUGCGGGCCAGCCGCCGUCCCUGGUCAUCCAUCUCCACGCCAACCACUUCCGAUUCGAGGCGCAAGAAACCAUCUUUCCGUACAAGUCCCCCAUGAAGUACUUCCUCGAGCACCUGCGGGCCCGGACCAUUCCCUCUGAUCUGCUUUCCUGGUUUAUCCAAGGCAACGUGAGAUUCUACGACGGAUGCCUCAUCGUUCAGGUGCACGACCACAAGUCGCUGGCCCAGACCAAGGAUGUUGCCAAGACGACGUCCACCUCCAGCACCGUUGUGCCCGGCUCCAUCCACAACUACAACCAAUGCCUGACGCCAUCGCCAUACGUACCCUUUCCCAAGGACGGCCAAGGCGCAGAGAAUGGGGCAGCUGCCAAGGAUGCCGAGGCCGCGAACGAGGUCAAGCGGGAGGAUCAGACGGAACAGGAGGCUGCACCCGCUUCCGCCCUCUCCUCGGGCAACCCCGAGCCGAAGCCAGCCGCAAAGCCCAAGGUCUUCACUGUCGUCAUGCACCCGACCACCGAGUCUCUGCACAUGGACCUGCGGAUCAAGGCCAGCACGCCCAGGACCGCCGGCAAAGUGGGCGGCGACACGCCUUUGCUUGCUCCUCCCUCCACCCCCCUGUCGCACGUGCCGCCGCCAGCCUCGUCGUCCGGCAACAUGCCCCCGCCAGCCAGCAAGCGGCAGAAGAAGGAGAAGAUGGAGCUGGACGGUAGCAGCAUUUACGCGGUCGAAGGGCAGAUCCUGCUGGCCACCACCGCACCCCUCAUGCUGGAGCCGACCUCGAGCGCCGAAGAGACCAUAGUCCUGCUCGAGGCGUUUGCGCAUCCGAAGCACUCACACCCUCCGCCGCAGCCGAAAAUCCGGAAGAGAACCGUCGCGGAGAUGGAGGCCGACGAGGCAGCGGCCGCUGACCAGGAACGCUACAUGCUUGUGCUGGACGAUAGGCUGUCGGGCGCAGCUCCCGGGGGGCAGGGGACCGGGGGAGCGGACGCUGACGCGCCGAACCGAGCCGCCACGUUUGAGCCGAGGUUCGAACGGUUCAAAGCCCUCGAGGACAUCAAGAGGGAGCAUGCGGAGAAGAAGGAGCAGGAGAAGAUUAAGCAGCAGGAAAUCGACCGACGACUGCAGCAGCAGCGACAGGAGCAAAUGGUGCAAGCUCAGCGACAACAGGCCGAGGCGGAGCGACAAAGACGCGAGGCAGUUCUUCGAGAGAACCAGGCUCGGCUGGAAGCUCAAAGACAGGCCGCCGCCGCCGCCGCCGCCGCCCGCAGCGCCGCCGCCGUUUCUGCUGCGCAGAGCCAGCAGCAGCAGCAUGCUCAGGCUCAGGCUCAGGCUCAGGCUCAGGCUCAAGCUCAGGCUCAACAGCAGCAGCAGCAGCAGCAACCGCAGCAGCAACCGCAGCAGCCGCCGCAGCCGCAGGCUCACCCGACUCAGCACGCUCACCCAGCUGCAAGCGCCAUGGCGGCCAACACACCCAAUGGCGUGGCUACUGCCGGUCCAAACCCAAUGGCCACUACGAAUGGCAACAGCAUGCAAGGAUCUGCCCAGCCUCGGUUCCCGGCGCAGAUGAACCACCAGGCUGCGGCUGCCUCGUCGCCCGUCAUCCGUCAAGGAACGCCGCAAAACAUGUCGUCGCCCAUGGUAGCCAGCGUGGCGAUGCAACAGACCAACUCGGGCAUGGCAACCAGCCCUCCGCGGCCUCCGUCCAUCGUCCAAAACGGCCAAAUGGCAGUGCCCAUGGCCCACAACAUGUCUGCCAGGGGCAGUCAGCAAAGUCACCCGUCCAACACCCCGCGCAUGCCGAACACGACGCCAAACCUACCUCACGGCACUCCCAUCAAUCGGCAAGCAAUGGCAGCGACGCCGCGCAUGUCGCAAGCCAGCCCGCGUCCGAGCAUGAUGGCCCCGAACGUGCAGGCGGGCCAAGCCCAGGCUAUGAUGAUGAACCAGCAAGGCAUGGGUCAACACAACCAGCAAGUAUUUGCGCAAGUGGCGGCCCAGCAACGAGCCAUCGCACAGCAGCAGCAGCAGCAGCAGCAGCAGCAGCAGCAGCAGCAACAACAACAACAACAACAACUCGCCGCGUUGCAGAAUGGAGGUGUUAACCAAGGAAUCAACUCUCAGGGGAUGACGCCACAGCAGCAGCAGCAGAUGAUGCAAAUGAUGCAACGGCAAAUGCUUCUGCAGCAGCAGCAACAGCAGCAUCAGCAGCAGCAUCAGCAGCAGCAGCAGCAGCAGGGACCAGGCGGCAUGAUGACACCUCAGCAGCAGCAACAGAUGGCCCAGCAAUACGCGCAACUGCAACAAAACAUGCAGAACAAUCACCUGAGGCAGAUUACUCCCCAGAUGCAGGCGCAGAUACAGCAAAUGGCGAGGAUGGGCCAGAUGGGAAACCCCAUGCAGAGACAGGUGAGCGGGCAAAUGAUGAAUGGGAACAAUGCGAAUAUGCAGGCGUUUGCUGCGAUGCAGAUGCAGCAACAGCAGCAACAGCAGCAGCAGCAGCAGCAGCAGCAGCAGCAACAACAACAACAUCAACAACAGCAACAGCAACAGCAACUUUUGCCGCAGCAACAGGGCCAGCCUCAGCAGCAACAGCUGGGCGCUAAUCCCAUCCAAGCGCAAAUACAUCACAGCGCUCGGCAAAUCUAUGCCCGUCUCAUGUCAGGUGCCAUUGCCAAGUUCGGAAGCGCCGAGAACGUUCCCCAGGAGACGAUCGAGAAGAUCCGGACGGCUUCAUUCUCGCAAGCCCAGCAGAUUAUACAGCACACCAUGGCCCAGCGUCGUGCUCAGCACCAGCAGAUGAUGAUGCAACAACAGCAGCAGCAGCAGCAGCAGCAGCAAGCUGCCAUGCAAGGCAUGGGCGGCAUGGCGGGACACCAAGGAAUGGGGACAUGA